CGUAACCUGUUUAGAGGUUCAUUAGUUAUUUAAAAUAAAAUGUGUGACCCACAUUUAUUCACAUGUCAUGAGUCAUGACCAUUCGCAAUGCCCCACAUAGGUAGGUACUGUGCUCGAAACCUUUAUCAUUGCGAACCUUUUGCAACAUUCACUAGCUCCGGGAACGUUUUUCCAAAUACGGUCACAUCGUUGGAAACAAGACCACGUCAAUAGAAAAGUAGCUGCAUAAUCAUCGGUCACUACUUACAAGAGUUGACUGUUGUGGCUUGAGGAACUACAAACCAAACCAGUCUCAGUAGGUACGUUACCGAUAACCUGAGGCCAGAGCCUACAACACAAACGCUUGUUUUACUUCCAGUCACGCGCCAGACUUCGACGAAACGGCUGUGGUACUGUCGCAGUGCGCCCGCGCAACCGCCUUUCGAAAUCACAUUUUCUAACGUUGAAGUGUCAUGACUUUGUGAAAUAUCGAUACCUUUUGUAAAUACCAAUUUGUGUCGACGUUUAGUGAGAUGUGAUCAUCAACUGUUCUCAAAGGUUUUGUGGAUUGCGUUCAUAUUUUCACGUUGCACAAUGCGGCAUGCAAUGCGAUGAAACAAAUGCUGGUGGCGCUGGCGCUGCUGACGGUGAGCGCUCACGCUCAGCUCCGGCCGGCCGACGCGCCCCCUCACAUCAACGACACACGAUGCGGUCCCGAGUGCGUCCGCUGUGCAGCGGACGGGUGCGUCAAGUGCGCUCGUCUGCUCAUCUGGCCAGGCGGAGUGUGCGCGCACGACUGCCCCGCAGGCACUCGCGAGGCCUGGGCACAUGACGACCACCUAAUGGGUCGGGUGUGCUACCCUGCUCACACUUAUAAUGAAGUGUUAGUCGGUGGUGCAUGCGGCGCGAUCGUAUGCAUAGCGUUGGUGGCCGGAAUAGCCGCAUACACUCGAUGUCGCAGGAGCGCGCGUGCGCAGGCGCAGCCUCUACCGCAGCCUCAUCAAGACGACGACGUGCAGCUGCGCGAGUUCCACAAACAGCUGGACUGUUUAAGACCUCAUGCAUACACUUUACUAGCAAUAUUGAACCACACAAGACAUCAAGUGCGGGAGCUCUACCAACUUGGAAACAAUGAUGCUGCUAUGGCCUACAGUUGUGUGCUGAGUGACCUGGCGAAGCUUCUCAUUCUUCUAAACAAAGCGCAAGUGCCUGUUGUUCCCGAGGAGUGGCCAAGAUUGUCUAGUUGGGCUGAAAGGAUUCUGAAACGCUACAGCCGGAUGAGUGUAGGCCAACAGCAGCAAGGGCAGUUGGUGAACUUCCUGCCUUCCCCACCGAGCCAGAGAUCGGAUUCCGAUACGACGCAACAAUCCUUCUCCACUUUCAAACCACCGUCCUAUUCCCCAACUUCCUACGACAGUCAUAAUAUCUUAGACAAAGACUUAGAAAAUCAGUGCGAAUGGAGCGACGCAGGAAGACCACCGAGCUAUUCCCAAAUAGAAAGAGAAAGUGAGACUAUCGUCCUCUCAGAUCCGUGGGAGAGGCGACCGAUAGUGAGGAGAGAAAGUGUGUGGUUGGAAGACGAACUCUUCGAGAUGACGAGGCGGCCGCAAGACGAACUUACCACAGAAUUGUAGAAAUAGAAUUACUUAAAUCCAAUAUGAUUCAAAUAAGAACGUUUACAUUUGAAUAAUAAAAUAUUAUUAUACUUUGAUGACUUAGUUCAUAAUUGCACUAACAAGCUGUGUUAAGCUCAGACUAUUUAAAUACUUAGCACAAAUAGUAGAUAAUUUCGAUAAAGUUUAGCAUAUGAUCACUACUCUUGACCAGAUACUAAUAUUGAAGUUAUCAACUAUUUACCUAAUAUUUAUUUUUAUAUACUUUUGAGAUAAUUGAACUUAAAAUAGCUCUCCUGUAAAAUCAACAAAUGUGUAAGUGUCAACUAAGCCAUCGAUUUAUAGACACAAUUUCCGGCAAAAAAUAUUGUUAUCUAAUUUCUAGGAAAAUGAUUUUAACUCAUCCAAACAUAGGAUAAAAUAUAUAAAGUAUUACUUAAAAACAAUAUUCGAGUCGUAUCGUAUUUUUAUUAUAGGCCUAUAUAUACAUAUUACGUAUAAAUUACAAUUAUAAUGUUUAAUUUAGGAAUUUGAGGCAAACGCUCUGGGCACGCGGAUAGCCUGUAAAGAUAAAAUUCACGGGCCUUUGUCUUUCCAUAGAGCACCGCCCGACUGCGCGCCCGGGGCGCUUGCUAUAUCAAGUCCCUUACAAAUCUGGCAAGUACAAAUCUCACUAGAUAAUCUACUUCUUAAGUUAGGUGUUUUGUAAUCAUAACAAAAAUGAUAAAAUAGGUAUUUCAGAAUGGUGCGUAAUGUUAAAUGCACUAUUAAGAGAAUACAGCUAUAGUACGCGACAGGUUGAGAUGGCAAUCAGGGUGUAAGGCGGGGGGACGGCCCGCACACCCGCAUGUCACCCGCAGCGGGUAAAGCCUGGGUUACAGUUGACAUCUCAACCAGUCACGCACUAUAGGUACGAGUAUAUUGUUAAAGUUAAGUAAGAUAUCAAAAAUUAUUUAAUAAUCUUUACUUAAUAUAAAUGCGAAAGUGUGUAAGUAUGUCUGUCGCUAGUUUUUCAAUUCUAGACCGAUCAAUUUAACUGAAUUUAACGUGUGCAGAACCAGCUGCAUCCCGGGAAAGGACAUGGUAGGCUAGUUUUUGUCUCGAAAAAUUCCCACAGGAUCAUCCCAUCAAAGAAUAGAAAAGAAUAUAAUUUUUAUAUAAAUAAACUUUUACUUUUUAAAUCGUCAAAAUAUAAUUUACCACUGGUUGGGAAUGCCGUUCCUACCGAGAAGAACCAGCAAGAAACUCAGCGGCUGCUCUUUUCAAAUGUUCAAUUUACAAUAAUAUUAGGUAUGCCAUAAUAUUGUUGGAGCGAGUCUAAUCCAUCUUAAAUCAUCCAAGUCUAAGUAGUCUCGGGCAUCAGCUUAUAAUAUUAUAUCCACUAAUUAGCAAAACGUACCUAUUUACCUAUAACAACUAACAACUAUUAUAAUAGGUACGUAGUUAAGAAGAUAUUGCGAUUUUGGUAUCUAUGUUACUGUUAAUAUUAAACUAUAAGUUUACUGAGUAGAUAGGUACUGAUUAUUAUUAUUGAAAGACUUUGCGGCGUAUUCUAAAUAAUUUCUAAUGUUGACAAAAAAUGCUUCAUGAGAUAUUAUGUAUCUAAAACGACUUUGAUGUUUGUUUGAUAUUUGAUUUUCUUUGAUCGAAAUAGUGUUAUAUUCAAAUCCGUGGGCGAGUGGCGGCGCUAGACAAACGUGGACGUCGCGUCGGCUACAUCAGCUUUGCGAGACAUUUUCUAGUAAAAAAAAACAUGAAAUUAAGUGAGCUGAAUUAUACCCUAACACUAUGUAUGGUUCCAGUACAUUUGGGAUAGCCCAGUGACCAAAAAAUAAAAAAGUAAAACGGACUUCAAAAACCACAAACACACUAAAAAGUAUGAAGUCAAGUCUGAAGCGAGCAUAAUAAAAGAAACUACCAAUUUAACAAUCUAAGUGUGAAGCUCGCUCGACUUCAUACAUACAUUACACGUGUAGAAACAAAAAUAAUUUUUUAGUUUUUAGUGUUUGAGGGUUUUGAAGUCGCGUUACGACGCGACGCGCCGCGAGACGCCACGACACACGCGACGCGCGACGCCCCGCGUCUCCGUAAAUGAGGUCUUAACGCCAACCGCCGCCACUGCCGUGGUACAUGGAAGACAUUAAAUAGGCUUAUAGUACUUGCUUAUACGAUGUACAUUGUACCUAACUAUUAAAAAUAUUAAUAUUAUGAGACAAGGCAAAGUUACAUUCAGUGUUUAUCUGUAUAAAAUUACGAAAAAAACCCAAAAAUACAACGACUUAGGCUUAGAAAAUAAAUAUUUUACUAUGCAAUAUUAUACUUUAAUGUUGAUGUUUGUGAUUUUUCAUGAUUGUUAAUUAAAAAAAAUGAGUGCACAUU